AUGAGGAAAGUGCUCCCCUAUCCGUAUCACGAGAAUGUUGAGGAACAGUGGAGGGUGUUCACCGAGAGGCAGGACCGCGUGGCCACCCGGCAGGUGCGACACCCGGCUCUGGAGGUGCCGAGCCAGUUUCCACAGGCUCGUUCCCACUCCCACGAGCAGCUGCUCACGCGGGUGGGCGAGGGUGUGACGCAUGUUCUAAAAUAUAAAUAG